AAAUCACGCUUCUGCGAUACUCAAGAGUUUCGUCGCAGCUGUUUAUGAAAAUGACACAUGGUUUUCGACGGGGAAUUACGACCGUUUGACGAGAAGUAAAAGUGCCAAAAAAAAGGGAUCCAGAGGCCGUGCCGAACAAUUUGAACAAUUCCAAUUGCAAUUUGCGAUUCAGCCAAAUUGUGAUUCGAAAUUGUGGACGCCACAGGUUUCCAGGACUUCGGUCCAAAUGAUUAUCACCGUUCACCUACAUAUGUAACUGGCAAAGCAAUUUAUAAAUUUAUUAAAAUAAUAAGUUUACUUUAAUGGAAUUUGCUGUUGUGCUUCUCAUUUUGCAGUGAAGACGUGUAUAAAAGCUUUCUCGAGUAGCAGAAGAAAGAAAGAUGCGGAUUUUCAUCUUCAGCAUUUACUACCUUUUGACUACGAUUAAUUGUUCCCCAACAAAUAGAAAUAUUGGCGGUUCUUCAAGUCGAAUGCGAGUAUUACAUAGACCACCAAUGAAACUUAGGAAAGGAAUAACCGGACCUCGUAUAGACUUUUCUCAUCCCGUGGUGCAACCAUCCGUUCCGCUGACGCGUCGCAAAGUAUUGCCGCCGUACGCCGAAGAUCGCAUCUAUUUUCCAGAUGAACAGCACAUAUCAGAAGAAGAAAAACCCAAAAAGAUUGUUGUCGUCCGUUCGGGUUUUGACAAGGUCGAUAGCCGCAAUAAAAGCAUCGACAGCAAAAUCAAAGUAGAUGAGGAGAAGGUCUUGGACGCUGUUCCCCGAUGCUCACACGAAGGCAACUUCUGCGAGAGCGUCCCCACGUAUCCAUACGCGGCUGUGAAUAAAAUGCUAAAGAACCUCGUUCGCAAGGACUUCUUCGGUUUGGAGGAGGACGAGGUGGAACCGUGGAACCGAAUGGACGGCGAGGGCGAAGAAAAGUUCAUGUGUCAAUCGUACACGAAGGUCAUACGGCCGCAGUCUGGGAAAACACUGGACGGCAAAUGGAAGUACAUCAUCAAUCUGGAGAACCAGGAAUACGUGCAGGCAAUCAAGAUCGAGAUAUGCAAGAAUCCGAAGAAGCCGUGCGAGAUGUCCCAUAACUUUCCCAGAGACGUCAUCACGACGUGCAAGCAGAAGUACAUGAACCGAAGACUCCUUUCCAUCUCGAACAAUGGGUCAGCUGAACCGGAUAUCUACGCGUUACCUUCAGGAUGCUCGUGCUCGUACAAGAGGAACCCCCAGUUCUUGACAUAUUUUAAAAGAAAUUAAAUUUAUUGAUAUAUGCAUUUUAUCAA